AUCCCAAUGCUUAAAUUAAUGAGAAGAUACACAAAAUUAUAAGAGAAAUUGAGCACUCUGCAAUUUGAAGUAGACACUACAAAAGAUGCAAAAAUAGAUGAAAUUUAUGAUAGAGUCAAUAAAGCACAAAGUGAGUUGAAGGAUAUUAUCAAUAAUUACAGUGAAUAACUUGGAUAAUUGGCAGGUUAAUAUUAAGAUCUCAAUAAAUAAUUCGAAAAGCAAAAUGAAUAAUAUAGUUCUUAACAUGAGAAAAAACUUAAGGAAAUUAAAAAUUUGGAAAAUAAGCUUCAGAAGAAGUUGGAAGAUGACAUAAAGGCAAACAGAGAAUAAAGCGAUUAAGUCCUAUCAAACUACGAUUAAUAAGUCCAAGAUUUACUAUAACAGAUAGGAUAAGAAAUAAAGGUUAAAAAUCAACAAGUAAAUAUAAUAAAUACUACUCUUUAAAAUGAUUUACCUACUUUGUGGUAAUAUAAUGUAUAAGAAAAUUAAGAAAGAGUACAAGAGGAUUAAGAUAUUGUCAAAAGAGCUAGCAAUGAGAUUUCUAAACUGUUUGAAUAGGCAAAUUAAGGAAAGUAACAAAGAGAGGAUGCAGAAGUGAGUAUGUUUUCGAUGUUGAAAGAAGUAGUAGUAAGAAUCAAGAGUGAAUUAGAAGAGGAGAGAUAAUUGAGAAUGGAUGGACAUGAGGCUUUAUUGACCAUACUUGAGGAAGCAUAUGAGAAAAUGGAGGAAACACAUGCAAAAGUUUAAUAAUAAAAGGCUGCUUUACAAGAAAAAUGAAAUAUAAUAUUAUGUUCAAUUUUUAUCAGAUUUGAUAAUUUUGUGUAAUAAAA